AUGGCAGGAGAGGACCAUGCAAUAGAUGUCCUCUUAGAAGCACUGCAAGAUCUGGCACCUGAGGAUUUUCUACAGUUUAAGGAUAAAUUAUCAUGCACUAGUUACAAAGAAAGAUCGAAUAUCCCCAAGGAUUCACUGCAGAAAGCAAGCCAUGCUUGUGCACUUGUCAACUGCAUGAAAGAGCACUAUGGAGAAGACAUUGCCAUGGAGAUAGGAACUGAUGUAUUUGAAGAGAUGAACCGGAGAGACCUCGCUGAUAAAAUCCAAGAGGAGAAAGUCAAAGGGUACAAACAGAAAUACAGAGCACACGUGAUAAGGGAGUUCCUUCAAUAUAAAGAUGUAAAUGCUUGUCUCAGUGAGAACCUGACUGUAAAUAGCCACUACACCAACCUGACGAUUGUUAUGAACCCUCAGACCAAAAGGAAAGGAGAACAGGAAACCAUCACUGUGAGUCAGCAACAUACAGACACCAGCAAUAAGCAAUCUAGCAUUGCUGUUACUGUGGCACAGCUGUUUCAGCCUACUGAAGAAGGACAAGCGCCACACACGGUUGUACUGGUGGGAACUGCAGGGAUGGGAAAGACAAUGACAGUGAGGAAGAUUAUGGUAGAGUGGGCGGAAGGAGUCCUUUAUACACAGUUUGACUAUGUUUUCUACCUCAACUGUAAAGAAAUUAGCCCUACUAAAGAAGUGAGUGUGGUAGACUUGAUUUCAAAUUGCUGUCAUAGAAGGACACCAAUUAGAAAGAUUCUGGAUAGGCCAGAAAAGGUCCUCUUUGUUACAGAUGGGUUAGACUACCUAAGAUUUUCUUUGCUUCAGCCAGAAGAGGACCUAAGCUCUGAGCUCAGGGAAAAGAAGCCACUGGAAACCACUCUGAUGAGUUUAUUGAAGAAAAUCAUUCUCCCUGAAUCUUCCUUGAUGAUCACUACAAGGCCAACAGCCCUUCAAAAUCUAGGAUGGUGCUUAGAGAAUGAGCGCCAUGCAGAAAUACUGGGCUUCUCAGCAGGUGCAAGGGAUGAAUAUUUCCACAGGUUUUUUGACACUGAUUAUAAAGCAGAUAUGGCCUUCAGGUUUGUCAAAGGAAACAAAACAACAUUUGCCAUGUGCUUUGUCCCUAUGAUGUGUUGGACUGUGUGUACUAUCCUGGAACAAGAACUUUACAAGAAGAAAAGUCUUAUGGUGAGCUCUGUGACAACCACGGGAAUGUAUAUGUUUUACCUUUGCAGAUUACUGAAAUGCAGAGCAGGUGAGGGCAAACAGGACCUGCAGCAGUUCCUGUGCAAACUUUGCUGCUUGGCUGAAGAUGGGAUGUGGAUGCACAAGGCUGAAAAGGAAAUCAAGGAGUGGGGCUUAGAUCAGCCAGAGCUUCUUUCCCUUCUCCUCAAUGAGAACACUUUAAGGAAAGGCACAGACCAUGGGAAUGUCUACAGCUUCAUUCACCUGCACCUCCAGGAGUUUUGCGCUGCAAUGUUUUAUGUCCUGGAGGAUGGGGAGGCAGGCGGUGAUUCAGGGACUUAUGUGAAGGACACAAAAGUGUUACUGGAAAAUUGCACCGGGGAACUGCGACUGGCUAACGGAGGCAGCCGCUGCGCAGGACGGGUGGAGGUGAAGCACGAGGGCCAGUGGGGCAGCGUGUGCAGCUAUGACUUCGCCUGGGAUGUCCAUGCGGCCUCUGUG